AUGUGUAAAAAGAACGGAUAGUAAGGCGCCCCUUUGAGAAGGUUCGUGUUUAUUUCAUCGCCAGUUAAUCUGUUAAACCUGCCGAAUUUCACAAGUGAUUGACAAAUACAAGAUAUUUGUGUAAACAAAGGGGAGGAGAUAGUGACGAAAAACAAAAAGGUAAUUAGGAUGUGAUGACCACGUGACUUUGAAAGUGAUGGGGUGGAUACCUUCUUAACAGGUAAUAAAAUCUGUAAUAUGCAAAUAUUCCAGUUAGAGAACCCAUUGGUCUGUGUGCAUCAUAAUGGUGGGAUAUAAUUAGCGAAGUUAAAUAUAAUUGUAACAGUUCUAAAUUGGCCUGCUAAGGACCGACAAAUUUACUGAUUUCCUCUACAAUUAGCAUAAGUGAAAAAUUAAUUACCAACAUUUACAAAGUUUAUUUGGACUAUGAAUACACAGCAAUCAAUGAGCUUCCAGACCCCGUACAAUAAUGGAACAUUAUACAGUCCACCACAACAGAGACAGUCUUUUGCAAUCCAUGAAAUUCUGGGACUGCCAAAUUGUCGACAGAACCAGAGCCCAGACUUUCUAGAUGCCCAGGGAUACACUAACAUCUCGUAUGUACCAGGACUAACACCGACGUCUCCAUACCAAACAGGCAAUGUUGGAUUCGAAACACAGCCACAAAGUUUCUACAGAGACCAGACUGUUCCACAAGGUACAAGUAGUUCUUUUUGUCCAUGGAGACUGGAUACGGGGACAGUUACAGCCCAAACGUAUACCACUGGUACACCACGAUACACAGAUAACAUGGGGUACGGAGUCAAAGCACCGGCCUUAGACGAAGGUUUACAACGACCAGAAUGUGCUCAUCUGGAGAAAACAGAACAACAGUUAAAUAAAAAGCAGAAAAAGCGACGAAGACACAGAACAAUUUUCACGGGUUACCAAAUAGAGGAACUAGAAAAGACUUUCAAAGAAUCUCACUAUCCGGAUCUGUAUGCCAGGGAAGUUCUAGCUCUAAAAAUAGAUCUCCCAGAAGACAGAAUACAGGUUUGGUUUCAAAACAAGAGAGCCAAAUGGAGGAAAACAGAGAAGAGAUGGGGAAAGAGCAGUAUAAUGGCGGAAUAUGGUCUCUACGGUGCUAUGGUUAGACACGCUCUUCCGCUUCCGGAAUCAAUUAUUAAUACUGCUGAUAAAGGAAUAGAGAAAUCGAGUGCACCAUGGCUGUUAGGAAUGCACAAGAAAUCCUUAGAAGCAUCUAAGAAAAUACGAGAAGAAGAAGAAGAUUGCAUAGAUAACACGGACAAUAAAAAUACAGACUUCCGGUCUGAGAGUAUAGCCCAACUUCGGGCCAAAGCACAGGAGCACAAUGCAAGAUUAUUACAAGCCUUGAAUAAGACUGAACAAGAUAAAGAGGAUGAGGAAUGUAGUGAUAAUUCAUUUGAUGGAUCAUUCUUUUCUGACACAGUGGAAUCUUCUGAUCUUCUUAGAUCGUAAUUAUUUCACAUUUGAUCUUCUCCGUCCACCAUGUACUGCAUAAUUAUAAUUUAUAGAGUAACGUGACGUUGUGUAUAACUCGUUGAAAUAAUCUUUAAUUACCAUACCUGUAUUUCGAGACGCGGGAUUUACUUUCAGAUGUUGACCUACAUCUGAUAAAUAAACUAAACACUAUUGAAUUCAUACCUGCUCUCACCACAUAGUAUGCAAACUGCUAUUUUGAAAUAUUUGCAGUUCAUCACUUCAAAUGUAACUUGAACAUCAGUUUAUUCAUAUAUCCACAUACAAAAUUCCUUUCAUUUAUUUAGCAGUCUUUUUCAUGUUUUAACAACUCACCAACGUAAUGUCUG